UAGUUUCAAAUUAACGACAAGCGGUUCCGAUGCUCCAAUGAAAGCGCGAAAGCGACUCCUCCAUUAGCUCUAGCCAAGCCGCCUGCUGUUCCAUCAAUACUCAUACUUGUUGAUUACAUCAAUAUGUGCAAGACAAUAGCCCGGCCGUGCAACACAAGCGGUGUGGCGCCGGAUUGGUUGCCAUCGUGGACGCUGGUUCGCAGUCUUACAAUGUGCCUGCCAUUCGCAAGCGUUAUCCAUGCAUAGUAUGCGUCGCUUGAUCGGGUCAUGCAUGUGCGCAGGGCCUCGACCGCUACACCCUGGCGGCGUGUCAGUACCAAAGUGCAAGCCAGCCCAAGGCACCCUACCUACCUGCCUAAGCCGGCGGGCACACCUCCCGCGGCGCGGAGACAGUCAUGCGCGGGCGAGCGGCGCUGCCCGAAGCCCCACCCGCACCCGGCUGGGGCGUCGGGCGCCGCCGCUCCCCCGCUUGCAUGACUGGCUCCUCGCCGGCUGUGAGGCCUGCCCGCUGGCGGCUGUGGGUGCUGGUGCUGGCUCAAGUGCUGAUGCCUUCUAUGCAACAUAUGAACUGCUGUGGGACUGGAUGGCGUAUGGCUGUGCCAGGCAUUCUGCAUGCGGGCACGUAUGUAGUGAGUUGAUGGCCGUGGUCGAUGGGUGUGCGAUGGAACAGUGCUAAGGCAGGUUGGUGAAGUUCCGUAGGGUGCAGCUGAUUUCCAGAUCCCAGCAGAUGGCAGACAACUUGCAAUUGCAGUGCAGGAGCGCGCGGAACGAUGGGUGCUUGACAUGGCACACGACUACCGGUGACAACAGGCCAACAGCUAAAAAGUUCCGUAGGGGCGUGUCCGCAGAGUGCGCGCGCACGCAGGCCAUUAUAGGUAGCCCUGACUGGCCCUGAGUUCCGGUGGAGGUUUGCAUGAAAAGCACAGUGGCGAUAUCCUGAGGUGUGACGGGAGGCGCCCGGUGCGGUUCAUGUUGAGGGCACGCUCAGCCGAACACAUCCAAAUGGUCGAGGUGCUGGAAAGGAGCAGGGUUGCGUUUGUUACCGCCGCUUCUCAGUGCGCCUCCUAGUAUGAUAGCCACACGGAAAACACGAUGCCACAAAAGAAGCGGCUUGAAGUUGUUGGCGUGGCGUUCGAGCAAUGUGAGGGCAGUCGCCGAUUCAAGAAUCCCGUCCUGUAACCUUGAAACGAG